AUGGUGCUGCUUCCCGCGGACUUGAUCUAUCAUAUCUUCAUCGCUGCUGCUGAGGUCGACCCCCCGGCGGCGGCGAAUGUUCAGCUCGGAAGAGCUGGGACCUUGGGUUGGAUAAGUCUUACGCAUGUAACACGCUCAUGGCGUGAAGUUGGUCUUCACUCUCCGCGCCUCUGGGCCGGGAUACUGCUCGACCUCCCAACUGCAUACGAGACUAUUCUGAGGCGCGCAAGACAAGGACCUCUCACGUUCGAUUUCGACAAGGUCAGCGGUAUCAAGCUGAGAGGGAAAAUGUUCCGCCGCCCCGAUCUUUUGCGUCGUGCGCACACAAUCAAUGACAGUGGUAUCAGCGAUCUACGCACCUGGAGCGGUGUCUUCGACUUCCCCCAAAACCUGCCUCACCUACAAUUCCUGCGAGUGAGACAACCCGCCCUCACGCAGCCCAUGAAGAACAAAGAGAUCGAGGCGCCCUACCUUCGCCAUUGCGAGUUGGAUCUUCGCUACUUCCCUUUCACUUCCGCGCCACGUCUGACGACGCUCAGACUAUACGACACAGGCGAGCUCCUAGCACACCCGUCGUGGCAACCGCUACUCGCUAUCCUGCUUCUUUGUCCCGCACUCGAAGACCUUCACGUAGACGCUGCAGUACGCCCGCGCAAUCCACGAACGCACGGGAACUUUAAAGCAGUACAUUCUCUUCCUGAGCCCAAUGCUGUCGCUCGGCUGCCUCAUUUGUCCCACAUGAAAGUCGAGAUGCGGUGCUCAUCACACUCUCCCUAUGACCCUUGGGAGUUCGCCAGGACGUUUUUGAGAAGGAUUGAGAUCCCGACUACUGCCUCGGUCUCGUUAGGCUUCAAAGCCGCGGACGGGGACGACCCAUAUGAAGACUUUGUAUCAGCGUUAUCUCCUCAACUCGUACUACCUAGAAGAGACGUGCUCGCCAUUGCAAUCUCACAGUCGAACGGCGUAUACACUAGAACACUCCAUCGAAACGACCGGCAAAAGAUGUACGACGUGAUCUCGACCUCAGUCUGUUCGGACCUGGAGGCGCCUUCAGUUGCCUCGACCACGGGGCACGGCGUCACGAUCAAGAUGGACCGUGAGAUCGCAUCGACAAACAUGCCGCGGCUCUUGAAGAGCCUCGCUCGUGCUGUCGCGCCUGUCAUUCGCACAUUGGUUCUGCGCGACGGAGAAGACCACUCGGCGCUCAGCACAUUGGACAGCUGGAGGGAAGACGAGUACCAGAAUCUGGUCGCCGGAUUGAGUCAAUUCUCGGAGAUCACUACCCUAUACCUCAACACGUGGACGUCAGACGCAUUUGUACUUCUCACAGAGGGCGGAGGGAAGGGGCUGCUUCCAGAGCUGAGCACGGUGGUUGUGGAUCAUACGUUGGCGAUGAAGGAUGGGACGGCGGUAGUCUGGUGGGAGAAGCUUGCGGCAUACGGUUGCCGGCUAGUCCGAGGCCCAACGUCUCGCGCACGACGCGCGCGGCGGCAGUUAUCGGCCCGAGAAGGACUUACCGUAUCCCCACCCUUCACUCCAGUAGCGUACACAGCUGCCAGCGUACCCUCCUGGCAUAGUUAUGGACCUUCUACGGCCUCCUCCGGGCGAGGCGACACCCGGAAAAGUCGCAGGAAAUAUUUCCGCGAUUUUCCGAACAUUUCCCACGCCUUGACCGCAGGUUGUCGGCUGCUGUCGACUCUGUUGGUCUUGUCCCUUACGGUGCUCGUCCCACCGCACAUCUUUGUGGUCUAG